AUGCCGAACGUUCUCAUCCUCGGCGGCAGCGGCCUGCUUGGCUCCGCGGUCUCCCAAGCCCUCCUCCGAACAGGUCUUCACACGGUCUUCGCUCAGACUCGUUCAACUUCCAAAGUCUUAACCCUUCAGGCCUCCGAAGUUGCGCCUCUUGUCUUCCCUCUCUCGGACGCYGAAGCUUUGACAGCCGCUCUCCAGGACAAUGACAUCGACGUCGUUAUCGAUGCCUCUCAAGGAUAUGCCGAGACUUCCGCUAUCCUGUCCGCCAUCAUCGCCUUCUCGGCCGCCCGUCAAGCCGCCCUCAAAGCUGAGAACGCUGUGGGACCCAAGCUUGGAUUCGUUUACACAUCCGGCAUUAUGGUCCACGGCACCCCGUCCAAGUUCGUCUCUGACCUCUCCCCAGUGGGAAACUCUUUAGCUUCCGCACCUCCAGCGAACAUGGUAGGAUGGAGACCUGCUGUGGAACAAGCCAUCCUAGCCGCUCGAGAGCAUUUGGACGUAGUCAUCAUGAGACCGGGUAUGUUGUACGGUCGCUCAGCCUGGAACUUCGGACCUUUCUGGGGUCCUGUCGCCGCAGCCAAAGCCAUGGGAGCGGAAGCAGUGAAGGUGAAGGCCGGAAAGGAAGCAAGAUUUGGACUGGUGCAUGUCGACGAUGCUGCGGAAUCUUACACUAAAGCUGUCAGCAAGAUCGACAAUGUUGGGAACUGGCCGAUCUUUGAUGUUGUUACUGAGAAUAUCAAUCUGGCAGCGAUUUUGGAGGAGACGAUUCGAAGUUUGGGCUUGACGGCGAACGUCGAGUUUGAGGGGACGGGAGGAGAUGUGCUGAUGGAGGCGCUUGGUUUGAGGGCCAAUGGAUCUGCCAGUCGGGCUAGGAGUGUGCUUGGUUGGGAAGCUAGGAGGAGAGAUUUCCUCUUGAAUGUUGGUGGGUAUUAUAGGGCAUGGGAGGCUGCGCAGGGAAUGGAGAAUAGGUAG